UUUCUCACAAAAUCUUGCUUUGCCUCCUAUGAUAUCUCAACUAACCCUCAACAAAACCGCGCCUUUACCGUCAUCAUCUCACCUAUUUCUUCUCCCAAACUCCGGCGACUCCUCCGCUAAUCCCCUCCGGCGCCGCCUCCUCUCCGCUCCCCGCGCCCCCCACCUCCGGUCACGCCCGAUCGGAUUGGUUGAGUUGCCUCGAGGGAUUUUUGCUCUCGAGGUAUGGUGUUCAUGGCGGAGCUGGUGGGUCCGCGGGUGUACAGCUGCUGCAACUGCCGGAACCACGUCUGCCUCCACGACGACAUCAUCUCCAAGGCUUUUCAGGGGAGGAAUGGCCGUGCCUUUCUGUUCUCUCAUGCCAUGAAUGUUGUUGUGGGCGCGAAGGAGGACAGGCAACUUAUGACGGGGCUUCACACUGUUGCUGAUAUCUAUUGCAAUGAUUGCCGGGAGGUGUUGGGCUGGAAGUACGAGAGAGCCUAUGAGGAAACACAGAAGUACAAGGAAGGGAAGUUCAUAUUUGAGAAGUCAAAAAUCGUCAAAGAGAACUGGUAGAAUCCAAAAGAUUAGGCACUCCAAACUUUCUUUAGAGGAUGAAACAUUCACUGUUCCAAGGUUAUCAGUGUGUUCUGGUUCUUUAUGUCUUUGUAAAUAUCAGUCAUCCACAAGUUUUAAUCUUAAGUCUGCCUGUUCUUGCCUUGCCGUGAAGUGUAAAUUGUUCUUGCUCCCGUUUCUUUCUGUGAAUAACAUAUGGCCUGUGGGUAUUUGUUCUUGAACCAUGUGUGCUAAUGUGCGUAAUUUUAUAGGUACUAAAAGAAUGUUUGUAUC